GAAGUGUUGUGCAUCAGAAUUUAUUUUUGGAGGAGAGGGAGUAGUAUUUGUGCAUUAUAAAUAUAGUGAGCAAAUUAAAGCUCUUUCCACCCAUGCCAUAUCAUCUCUUUGGAGAAGCUAAUUAAUUAAGAGACGUGCAGCUAAUAGCUAAGGCAGGCAGGCAUAUGGCGGUUUUGGUGGUUACAUUAACAAUUCUCAUCAUUUCCUCAUUCCUCCUCAGACUCUCCUACAAAACCAUCUCAUUCUACUGGUUAACCCCCAGACGCAUCAAGAAAACCAUGGAAAAACAAGGGGUGCGGGGCCCGGAGCCGCGGCCGCUUCUCGGGAACCUCCCCGACGUGGCGGCCCUGGUCGGGAAAUCCACCGCCGCCGACAUGGGAUUCGUCCACCACGACGUCGUGCCGCGGCUCCUGCCCCAUUACGUCGCCUGGUCGAAGAUGUACGGCCGGCGGUUCGUGUACUGGAACGGGGUGGAGCCGCGGCUGUGCCUGGCGGAGCCGGACUUGAUCCGGGAGCUUUUGUCCCGGCACACCUCCGUCACCGGAAAGUCGUGGAUGCAGCGGGAGGGGUCGAAGCAUUUCGUCGGCCGGGGGUUACUGAUGGCUAACGGCGGCGAUUGGUAUCAGCAGCGCCACAUUGUUGCGCCAGCCUUCAUGGGUGACAAACUCAAGAGUUAUGGGGGUUACAUGGUGGAAUGCACGGGGGAGAUGCUUCAAGGGAUGGAAAAGGAAGUGGAGGAGGGAAGGGAUGAGCUGGACAUAGAGAGUUGGAUGACUCGGCUGGCCGCCGACAUAAUAUCCCGGACGGAGUUCGGGAGCAGCUACGACAAGGGCAAGCGCAUUUUCCAUCUCCUCACUCUUCUGCAGCGCCUCUCCGCCCAAUCUACCCGCCACUUGUGCUUUCCCGGUAGCCGGUUCUAUCCAAGUAAAUACAACAAUGAGAUAAAAUCGUUGAAAAGUGAGGUGGAGGGUCUACUAAUGGAGAUCAUAAGAAGCCGGAGAGAGAGCGCCGAGAUCGGGCGGAGCAGCACCUACGGCGACGACCUACUGGGACUGUUACUGACGGAGAUGGAGGGGAAUAUUCCCCACAGCAAGAAGGGAAUAUUCCGUCUGAACUUGCCGUUGAUAAUGGACGAGUGCAAGACCUUCUUCUUCGCCGGCCACGAGACGACGGCGCUUCUGCUCACUUGGACCGUGAUGCUCCUUGCUACUAACCCUUCGUGGCAAGAGAGAGUUCGAGAAGAAACCUUGCAGCUCUGCAAUGGCGGCCCUCCCUCCAUUGAUCACCUCCCCAAGCUCACCGUGCUAAACGCAGUGAUAAAUGAAUCACUCCGGCUAUACCCGCCGGUGACAUUGCUGCCACGGAUGGCGUUCGAAGACUUCAAGCUUGGCGACCUCCACAUUCCAAAGGGUCUAUCAAUAUGGAUUCCGGUACUAGCCCUCCAUCACAGUGAAGAAAUAUGGGGAAAAGACGCGAAUGAGUUCAACCCAAACAGGUUUCUCUCAAAGCCAUCCCACUUGCAGGCUGUUCGGAGUUCUUUCCUCCCUUUCGCCGCCGGCCCCCGGAACUGCAUUGGCCAAUCCUAUGCUUUGAUGGAAGCCAAGAUUGUGUUGGCCAUGUUGAUAUCAAAGUUCAGCUUUCAGAUCUCGGAGAGCUAUCGUCACGCUCCUGUGGUUGUCAUUAGUAUCAAACCUAAGCACGGCGUUCAAAUCCGUCUCAAGCGUUUGAUCAACAAAGCCGUUAUGGGGAAGAACGGCAGAUUCCCGGGCGUGAGCGAGGAGGUGCAGAAGCUGGUUGAUGCGGACAUGGACUUCGUAGAUGCCAGGCGUCGUGCUCGCGAAGCUUUUAAGCAGAUUCAGCUCUCAGUCGACCAUGUUCUGUUCAAGACUCCUUCUGAAGGUUUAAAGAUGGAAGAGUCUUAUGAGGUUAAUUCAAGAGGACUAGAAAUUUUUUGCAAAAGUUGGCUUCCAGAAACACCCAAAGCAGUGAUAUGCUUUUGUCAUGGUUAUGGAGAUACUUGCACAUUUUUCUUUGAAGGUGUUGCACGGAAGUUGGCUAAUGCUGGAUAUGGAGUUUUUGCCAUGGACUAUCCUGGAUUUGGUCUUUCAGAAGGUCUUCAUGGCUAUGUACCUGAUUUUGACAAACUAGUUGAUGACGUCAUUGAGCAUUACUCAAAAAUUAAAGAAAAUCCAGAACUACAUGGUCUUCCAAGCUUCCUUUAUGGUGAAUCAAUGGGUGGAGCUGUAGCUCUGAAGGUGCACCUGAAACAGCCAGAUUCAUGGAGUGGGGCUAUUCUUUCCGCGCCUAUGUGCAAAAUUGACCAAGACUUGGUUCCACCAUGGCUGUUAACACAAGUUUUAAUUGGCGUGGCAAAAUUUCUACCCAAACAGAAGCUCGUUCCUCUAAAUAAUUUGGGUGAUUUGGCAUUUAGAGAAGCAAAUAAACGGAAACAGGCAGCCUAUAAUAUCAUUGCGUAUAGGCAUAAACCACGUUUGAGAACGGCCUUGGAAUUAUUGAAGACUACCAAAGAAAUAGAGGAGUCACUAGAAAAGGUCUCAUUACCGUUAUUAAUCUUGCACGGGAAGAAAGAUUUAUUGAUCGAUCCAUCAGUAAGUGAAGCAUUAUAUGAGAAGGCAAGCAGCCGUGACAAGAAGCUUAACCUUUACCAGGAGUCGUACCAUUGCCUGCUUGAGGGUGAGCCAGAUGAGAUGAUCCAAAAAGUCUUUGAAGACAUGAUUUCUUGGCUGGACGAGCAUACUAAGGCACGUUAAUUGUUCCUUUCCGCUUUCUUUUCUCUGUGCACUUUUGCUAUUUUCUUGGGAAAAGAAAGAUGGGAUUCGGGGCAGGCGAUGGCAUCACGUCUUUUGUUGUAUAUGGAGUACUUUGUAUUAUACUAGUAAUUUAUUUUCUUUGAUUAGAACAUAGAAGUCUCUAUAUUUCUGGGGCUGGAGGUAAGGUCUACUACAUACAUCUUGUCCCUAGUCUCUAUAUUCUUUGGUUUGGUUUGUUUUGUUUAAAUUCUUUGAAAGGAGUUGCAAACGAUGCAUGCUCGAAAUAAUGUACAAGCUUUUGU